CCCUGUGAACAGGAAGGACGUUGACGUGUUUUCCGCACGCUCGGACCGGGGAAAGUUGUUUCCUGAACUUCCCACUGUUGUGUUGACGCUGUCCUCACCAAACCCUCGCCCUCCUACAAAAUGUCUGAAAACCACUCCGGGAGCUCCUAAUAGACGUGCUGUUUUAUUAUUAUUAUUGUUAUAAUUUUUUUUCCUCGCCGAUGUCCCGGAGCGGUCUGAGGAGAAGAUGAGCUCGGAGAAGGAAGACGCAGCGGAGAGCCUGCAAGCCCAGCUAGCCGAGUGCCGAGCUCAGGUGGAGCACUGGCAGGGCGUGGCGACGAUCUGCGAGCUGAGCAAACAGGAGGAACUGGCCGAGCUGCAGAAACAAUGCGAUGAGGAGAUCCAGUCUCUGCAGGAGGCUCUCAGAGAGACUGCAGCCCAGUAUGAAGCCAGGAUAGCCGUGCUGCAGUCCCAGCCCGUAGACUGGAGGAGAACCAGCGGACACAACGCGACCAGCAACAGGAAGGCCCGUGGCGAAGCGGACGUCUCCCCUGAUGAGUCUCCUGCCUCGGUCGUGAACAGCUCCAGGGAGGAGGGAGCGGCCUCAUCAGGGGACCAAACGCCGAGCCGACCGGCGGAGCUGGAGGCGGCGCCAGAGGAGGGGUCGCCCCUUUCGGCGGAGAGCUACUUCUCUUUGCAGAACUGUGACUCGGCCUCGCUGUCCUCCUUCUCCUUAGACACGCCGUCUCUGCCCAGGAAGCUCCUCGCUCAGGAAGACACCGAGUCGCUGGUUUCCACGGGCACGCUGGUUCCUGAGGCCAUCUACCUGCCGCCGGCUGGACACCGGCUAGUAACGCACAGCGACUGGGACGCCCUCAACGCGCAGCUGUCGGAGCUGCGGGGGGAAGUGAGCCGGCUGCAGGUGGAGAAGGAGGAGCUGGAGAGAGAGCUGGAUGCCCAGACCCAGCAGACCCACAAACAGGUGUCGUCGCUGCAGUCUCAAGUCCAGACGUCAGAAAGCCUCCUACAGGAUCUGCAGAAAUCUUUCAGCCAGUCGCAGAAUACGGUCCAGAGCCGGCUGGCAGAGUUGUCGCUGUCUCAGCGGAAGAUGGUCAGUGAGCUGUCCAGGCUGAAAGGAGAAGACGUUGAUGAGAGUUUACUGGAUCCCAGAUCAUCCUUCUUCGGCACACAGCAUGGGGCGCACUGUGAGGAGCGGCUUCGCAUCGAGAUCGUCAACCUGAGGGAGCAGCUGGACAGUCGGGCGGAGGAGAACGACGUUUUAGAGGUGCAGCUUUCCACUCUGAGGACAGAGACGGAGAAGAUCCAGAGUCUGAAGGACCAGCUGCAGGCGGAGCUGCUUACCUGCCGCAAUGAACUUGAAGCCCUGCGGGUGGCGCUCACUCAUUUGCAGAGCACUAACAAAGCCCUCAGCCACGAUAAAGCCGUUCUUCACCAGCAGUGUUUGGAACUUCGAAGCCAAGUGAUCAGCCUUCGCUCUCAGGUGGACACCAGCCAGGCGGUGCAGAGGGACUUUGUCGAGCUCUCCCAGUCUCUCCAGGUGAAGCUGGAGUUGAUCCGACAGGCGGAGACGCUGGACCAGGUGAAGGAGGUCCUGGGGGAGAGCGUUGGUGAGGCCGGCUCUCAGCCCGCCGACGCCUCGUGAGCUUUAGCGGAGAAGGCGCGUAAACCAAAGACCAACGUCAGACACGUCGUCGCCUGGACCGACAGCGUCCACACACCGAGCUGACACCCCCAGAGGGCUCACCCCUGCCCCCCCGGAGCUUCUCACAGACGUUGCUGUCAUGCCAUCACCGGCUACAGUUCAGUCUCCGUAAACAAAACGGCUUCUUUGAGAAAGAAGAGCCGUUUUUAAAAAUAAAUCACUAUUAGUAACACAUUCCUUCCUGUACAGCACUAAUCCACACCCGAACUUAAUGUGUUCAUAAAACGGACUUGACUCCAGCAAAAAAAACCAUCUGGGGCUCUGCAGUAGCUAUUAUGCAUAUAUAAGCCACAUUUCUAGGUGAAGGACCUCUCCACAACACUCAAGCACAAUGCAAUAAGGAUCUAUGCAGCAAUGCAAAAUAGAAGGUUUUUAAAUGUAUUUUGUUUAUAAUUAUGAAUCUAUUAUUGUCAUUUAUUAGGCGUAGACCUGGCAUCCACGUCUCCACGACCCGUAGCGGCCUUUGCAUCGGAAAUGCGUGACUGUGCGUUUAUAUUAGUAGAGAGAUGUCAAAGUGUGACGUCUUCUUUUUGUUUUUGUUUUAAUUACACACUGAAGACUGAAAAAAAAAA